CACGUAUCCAAAAAGUGUAAAUAAUAAAUGAGUAUUUAGGGUCUAUUUACACGAUACACAUUCACAGUUUCACACUCACGAACGGAAAAAAUACAUAUUAUGACAAUGGAAACAACCCUGGCUGCACGAGUCUUGGAACGCUAUCUUUUCUUAAACAGCCAAACUUCUUCAUCAUCUGUACAGCAUGGGUUCGACUCGCUCACUCGUAAGACGUGGAACGUUUCUUGGUUACUCUUUUUUGGCCGCGUGCUUGAUAUGUUUAUACGUUUUUUUCAGGCAAGGCACCGGCUCUAAAAUUAACACCCCUGAUUUGCGCGUGGUCGUGAAGACGACAUAUCGACCUUCUGCACUGGAGCAGUAUAUCAUGGAUGGCCGUAAAACUUUCGGGUAUAUUUUAUUCAAUGACGAUUACGCCAGCGGUUGCGAAGUCUGGAAAAGUCCUCCAAGCGAAAUCGCCGAUAUAUUGACGGCGUUUGCUGAAGAGUUGAAAAGUUACAGCGCUUGGGCCGACAGUUUUGAAAGUUUUGACUUGAAGACUGAUCUAAGGACACAUCGUGCAGCAGAUCGUGGACGAGUUUGCAAUAGACUGCAACCUGCUAUAGGUUUAAACCAGACAUUUCAAAGCGGUGCGCUGUCUUGCACGUCUUCAGGAUAUUUAGAACCAAUAUUGCCGCCGAUGAGGCACCCGGAGUUUUGCUUCGAUGGGAAUCUCCUGAUGAGCACGAAAUACCUUGUGCACGAUUUUCCUGCACUUUGCUCGAGACUCUCUGCGAAUUCCCGCACGGUCUUCGUUGACUUGGGGGCGUCGCUCGUGUUUCACGCAGAUGGCGAGCAGCCAACACUUUCGUUGAUCAAACUAUACCAGAAAUUUGGAUUCUAUUUUGACCACAUCUAUGCGUACGAAAUUACACCGGGGAAUGCUACCGAGUUGUAUGAGUCUCUGCCAGCAGAGUGGCUCGCUUCGUACCACUGGAUAAACGCUGGGAUUGAAACGGACCCAACAAGUGCACUUAAUCCUCUGAGGAUGUUAAUCGAAAAUUAUGAACCAGGAGACCUUGUUGUACUAAAAAUCGACGUGGACAACCCUGAAGUCGAGCUUUCCAUAAUUAAUCAAAUCUUGACAAACGAAGCGCUGCAUGGUCUGAUCGAUCAGUUGUACUUUGAACACCAUGUCCUACUAGAAGAGCUUCGCGUCCCAUGGGGACCCUCAGUCAGAGGUUCUGUGUCUGACUCCUUGAUUUUAUUCCAUGAACUACGGUCUCAGGGUAUUUCGGCUCAUUUUUGGGUGUAAGUUCUAGGGGUCAAAUGGUGCGAAAGUGGCCUACGGUUCGUGACCGGAUACGACUCGUCGUUCAGCUGCCUACAACUUAUUUUUUCCUGUUGCCUGCGAGACAAACGACUUAUUUGUUGAUGCAUGCAAGCAAGUUAUUACCUUCAGCAUAUAUUCUCGGCGACUUCUUGUG